UUGAGAAUUCCGAAUAAUUUAUGAGUAUUACUUAGAUAUUAUUUAAAUAAAAUACUUUAACAAGCUUAGUAAGUUUUGGUAUUUUAUUUUAAUAAUAUAGGUGAGAUUAUUUCUUGUAAAAUAACAAGAUAUUUUAAUUAGUAACGAAAUUGCCCGCAAGAGGCGCUAAACGGAUAAAAUUAAUGCUUGUCCAUUUGAAUUUCCCGCCAAAUGGUGAUUAGUUAACACAUCGCUCGCAAAUGGCGUAAGGAACCAAAUUUUUACAGUGAGUUGCCUAUCUAUCUGGUAAUACUAUAUAUUAUUUAUCUAUGUAUGGAACACUCUGAAGUCUGAAGCACUGAAUGAAGUGUCUUUGUUUACUUUUACUUUACUGAUUAACUUUUAGUUACCAAAAGACUGUUCUAAAGUUUUUAAAAAUUUAUUUAUAGUAUUAUAUUUGUGUAAUCAUAAAACUGAAAUAAUUAACAAAUAAAAUGGAAACAACACAAGAACCCAGUGAGGUUAGUGCGAAUAUUUGUAAAAUAGAAACAGAAACACAUAAUGAAAACUAUGAUGGUACUUUUGAUGUCUUCAAAAUUGAAAUUAAGGAAGAACCUAAGACUGAAAGUGCAUACAACGAUUUUGAUUCUUUAGACUCAAAAAAUAUAUUCCUAAAAACUGAAGUAGAACAAGAUGAACAUAGAUUUACACCAUUUGAAGAAAAGCAAACAACAAAUGAAGAAAGUUAUAUCCAAGAGGAGAGCAAAUUGGAAAUUAUGGAGACACUACCUCAACAUUCAUCUUACGAAGGACAAGUCGAAGGAAAAGCAUUAGAUCAAAAUAUGAAAGUGGCGAAUGGACUGAGAUCUUUCAAAUGCGAAGUUUGUUUUAAGAAGUUUUCUCGAAAUGAUCAUUUAAAAAAUCAUUUGCGAAUACACACUGAAGAAAAACCAUACAAGUGUAAAAUUUGUUGUAAGCAUUUUAACCAGUCAAGUAGUUUAAAAACACAUUUGAAAAUGCACAGUGAGGAAAAACCGUAUAGGUGUGAAACUUGCUUAAAACAAUUUCGUACUGCAAAGGAUUUGAAAAUACAUUUGAGAAUUCACACUGGAGAAAAACCAUACAAGUGCGAGAUUUGUCUUAAACGUUUUAGUACAGCAGAUAAUUUAGAAACACAUUUGAGAGUACACACUGGAGAAAUACCUUACAAGUGUGAAAUUUGUUUUAAACAAUUUAGUCAAGCGUGUAAUUUGAAGAUACAUUUGACAAUGCACACUGGAGAAAAACCAUACAAGUGCGAGAUUUGUUUUAAACGUUUUAUUACAGCAGAUAAUUUAGAAACACAUUUGAGAGUACACACUGAAGAAACACCUUACAAGUGUGAAAUUUGUUUUAAGCAGUUUAGUCAAGCAUGCAAUUUGAAAACACAUUUGACAGUGCACACUGGAGAAAAACCAUACAAGUGUGAAACAUGCUUAAAAAAAUUUCGUACUGCAAAGAAUUUGAAAAUACAUUUGCGAAUACACACUGGAGAAAAACCAUACAAGUGUAAAAUUUGUUGUAAGCAUUUUAACCAGUCAAGUAGUUUAAAAACACAUUUGAAAAUACACAGUGGGGAAAAACCGUACAAGUGUGAAACUUGCUUAAAACAAUUUCGUACUGCAAAGGAUUUGAAAAUACAUUUGAGAAUUCACACUGGAGAAAAACCAUACAAGUGCGAGAUUUGUCUUAAACGUUUUAGUACAGCAGGUAAUUUAGAAACACAUUUGAGAGUACACACUGGAGAAACACCUUACAAGUGUGAAAUUUGUUUUAAGCAGUUUAGUCAAGCAUGCAAUUUGAAAACACAUUUGACAGUGCACACUGGAGAAAAACCAUACAAGUGUGAAACAUGCUUAAAACAAUUUCGUACUGCAAAGAAUUUGAAAAUACAUUUGCGAAUACACACUGGAGAAAAACCAUACAAGUGUAAAAUUUGUUGUAAGCAUUUUAACCAGUCAAGUAGUUUAAAAACACAUUUGAAAAUACACAGUGGGGAAAGCCGUACAAGUGUGAAACUUGCUUAAAACAAUUUCGUACUGCAAAGGAUUUGAAAAUACAUUUGAGAAUUCACACUGGAGAAAAACCAUACAAGUGCGAGAUUUGUCUUAAACGUUUUAGUACAGCAGGUAAUUUAGAAACACAUUUGAGAGUACACACUGGAGAAACACCUUACAAGUGUGAAAUUUGUUUUAAGCAGUUUAGUCAAGCAUGUAAUUUGAAAACACAGUUGAGAGUGCACACUGGAGAAAAGCGAUACAAGUGUGGAACUUGCUUAAAACAAUUUCGUACUGCAAAGGAUUUAAAAAUACAUUUGAGAAUUCACACUGGAAAAAAACCAUACAAGUGCGAGAUUUGUUUUAAAUGUUUUAGUACAGCAGAUAAUUUAGAAACACAUUUGAGAGUACACACUUUAGAAACACCUUACAAGUGUGAAAUUUGUUUUAAGCAAUUUAGUUAAGCGUGUAAUUUGAAGAUACAUUUGAGAAUGCACACUGGAGAAAAACCAUACAAGUGCGAGAUUUGUUUUAAACGUUUUAGUACAGCAGAUAAUUUAGAAACACAUUUGAGACUACACACUGGAAAAACACCUUACAAGUGUGAAAUUUGUUUUAAGCAGUUUAGUCAAGCAUGUAAUUUGAAAACACAUUUGAGAGUGCACACUGGAGAAAAACCAUACAAGUGUGAAACUUGCUUAAAACAAUUUCGCAUUGCGAGUGAUUUGAAAAUACAUUUAAGCGUACACACUGGAGAAAAACUUUACAAGUGCGAGAUUUGUUUUAAACAAUUUAGUCAAUCAAAUAAUUUGAAAACACAUUUGAGAGUGCACACUGGAGAAAAACCAUACAAGUGUGAAACUUGCUUAAAACAAUUUCGCAUUGCAAGUGAUUUGAAAAUACAUUUAAGCGUACACACUGGAGAAAAACUUUACAAGUGCGAGACUUGUUUUAAACAAUUUAGUCAAUCAAAUACAGUGGAACCCCGUUAACUCGGAUUAAUUGGGACCGCGGCCGAUCCGGGUUAUCGAAAAUCCGGGUUAGCCGGAGAAAAUGGUAAAAAUUAAUAAAAUAUGGUAUGCUUACAGAUAAACUCCGUUAUAAUUGUCACACAGACACUGGUAAACCACGUUCGCAUUCCACACAAAACCACACAUACAAAGCGUCGUCAAAAGUCUCAUUCUUAGCUUUAUUAGCUUUGCACCGAUUAAACUGUCUUUUGUUAUCAUUUUGAAAAAAAAAAUUCUUCGAUUUUAGUUCUAUUUUUCUUCCAAUCCGAUACUGUAGAUGUACCGACACCAUAAUAUAAUGCUGCAAGAUUCACCUUUAUCAAUUCUACUUAAUGCUUCUAGUUUCUUUUCCAUUGUCACUACAACAUUUUUACGUUUUGUUGCCCUUAUAGACAAAAGACACACAAACACAAAAUCUGAAUAAAUUUACGAACGAUUACAAAACGGAAGCGAACAAUAAUACGACUUUACUACACAUAAUACCGUCUCUGAUGUUAUGUUAUUUAAUAAAAGUGAUGACUAAGACCAUUGUUAAAAAAAGAAUUUUAAUAGUCUUUUCUAAACAAUGCUAACACAGACAGUUUCAAAAAAAUAAAGGAUAAUACAGGUGCAUGUUGUUUUCGACAAUGAAUGUGGUGUACCAUGAGUCAUUUUUACUAUGUUAUAUGUAGUUCAAUCCGGUUCCAUUAUCUCUCAAAUAUUAUAUUACAUAGAGUUGGUACAAAACCUCGUGAACCUUGAAAAUGCGUAUGUAUAAACGAAAUAAAAUGAAGCCAAAAACAUACGACUAUUUUAUUUGCUGCGAAUUGCGCGACAGGGUCCCAUCUGCACCCUGAUUGCCCUGAUAUUUUCAGUAAUGUCGGAUUCAUCAAUCGUUUCGUUCGUAUAUAGGGCUUUUCAUCGAUUGUCAUUUGUUUCGAGCUUCUGUCAAAUGUUGUAUAAUCUGUGUAUAAUAUUUAUUUACACGGAUUAUACGACAUAUGACAGAAGCUCGAAACAAAUGACUGUGAAUGAAAAGCCCUAUUGACGUCACCAAAUGAAUGAAUUAGGUUUACGAGAUUUUGUAACAGCAAUACAUUUUUAUUGUUGAAAUGUUUGUCUGAUAAAAAUCGGUCCGGGUUAGCCGGAGUUCCGGGUUAUCGGGGGCCGACUUAUCGGGGUUCCACUGUAGUUUGAAAAGGCAUUUGAGAGCGCACACUGGAGAAAAGCCAUUUAAGUGUGAAACUUGCUUAAAACGGUUUUGUACUACAAGUGAAUUGAAAACGCAUUUAAGAGUGCACACUGGAGAAAAACCGUACAAGUGCGAGAUUUGUUGUAAGCAGUUUUCAGUAAAUUGUAAUUUGAAAAGUCAUUUAAAAGUACAUACUAGAAGAGAUCUUAACCGUUAGUAGAGUGAGUGUGUUGGUUGGCCUGUGUGCACAUGUUUUGACUUUGCGCGCUUUUUCUAUUGACAGAUGUUUUCUUACGCAUCGGAAUUUUCAUUCGAUUUUGCACAUCUUUAAAACGAAAAAAAAAACACAGACGUACUCCUAACACUUUCGCUGCUGACUUUUUUCGGGAGAUAUUACACAGGAGCGUCAAAAACCUUUUUUUUUUGUAAAAUGUCAUUGUAAUAAUUGAUAUUAGAAUAUAUAAUACUGUUAAAUUAAUUAAAUAAAGUGUAUA